AUGGGAGGCAGUACUGUAACUUCAACGACAGAAGAACACCAGCUGACAGAGAAUAACGGAGAGCUGCUGGAUCCGCUUCCGAAAGCUAACACAGACAAAGCGUUUGACAAAGAUGUAAAGCAGCUUACGUGUACUUACGAUAAGCACGAACAACAAACUAAUCCUCCGGUUGGCCAGCACUCAGAUAAGCCCGAUGACAAUGGCAAGCAGAGCUCCCAUGAGAACAGCAGCCCUGCUGAGUCAAAUACAGGCUCUACCACUCCAGUUGAUCCUCAGGAAGGAGAUGAGGACAACAGAAACGAAAACCCGAAUGACCUUCAGUUCAAGAAGAAGGACCUCAAAAAGCCUAGGACGCAGUCAUUCCAGCUGGUGCUUUCGACAGCAUCUCUCAAGUCCUUAAGACAAGCCGAUCCCGGCAAUGCGCCCACUUUGCAAAGAAAUUCUAGCAAUGUUGGCGCCCAGACUCAGACAGGCACUGGCAACCAUAAAAACUUCCAGUCGUUCAUUCAGGCACCCGUCCUUCUGUCCGUCAGCAACCUCCGCGCUCUAGAUAACAUCGUCAUAGGGCAGCAGCUUCCCUUUGAUCAGAAAGAUGCUCCCUUGGAGGAUGAACUGCAUCGCCUGAGGCAUAACAGCACGGCAACGCAAAGCACCAUGCAGCCAGCCAUCAAAGAUGACCGGGACGACGACGACGAAUACAGAGAAGAGACGAUAUUGCAGCAGCAGAAGCUCACACUUAACGCAUUGAAGAAGUUGUCGUUGUCUUUGGCGCCUAUAAUAAGGUCUGAUGAAGAGACGGGUCCUGAGUCGAGACAGCUAACAACUAAACUGCUUAAUGGGCUGCUUCAGCCAGAGUAUAAGCUCGAACAACGAAAAGAAAAAACGAAAAGGAAAGCUCCUAAGAAUGAUAACAGGGCCAAGCCUUACCAGCCAGCUGAGGUUGACUUGAGUCUGUUUGCAAGUCUCACAAGACAAAACAAGCACAUACCUGAUAAGCUUCGAACUCAGAACAAGCAAACCAAUAAGCAGACUCAACAGCCUACACAAAGCAGUUCAGAGCUUGAUUAUCAUAGAGACAUGCAGCGACAGAUGCUCAACAUGCAAAAUCAAGCUGUCGGGAACGAGUCAGCACAGAAAUUAUUGGGACAGGCUCCCUCAUCCAAACCCGAAUCAAAUCAAGCCCCUGGAAACAAAGAUUCUACCAACAAAUGUAAUCACCCCAACAUGAGCCUCCAUAGUCAGAGGCUUCAACAAUCAAAGUCUCAGAUACUGAUCAACAUCCCGCAAGAACAACAACUAGCGCAUAGUCAGUCGCACGGACUGCUUCAGAGGCAAAAGGUUGAAAGCGAGUCCCAGCCAGUGGUUCCCCCUAUGGAUAUGAACGUGCGUAACCGCAAGGCAAGUCAGGCUGAAGAGACUCCUCUGAAACAUGCUAGCUUGACCGACAAGAGAAUACAGCAAAUUAAAGGGUUCAGAAACCCCAUGUAUAUCCCUGCUGUUCUUCGAAGGACACUUGACGAGGACGCAGACCUCGGGCCUCUAUCCAACGGACUGCUUGGAGAGCAUGAAGAAUCUUACUUUGAGGGACUUUCAAGAGUGGGACUGCCCAAUAGAGAUUAUGGCUCGAGCUCUAAUUCCAUAAGAUCAAUUGACCUGCUGGAUGGGGUAAUGAGCUCGCCAGGUCUAACACACACGGGUCCCUACACCCUCAAUAAGAAGCAGUACGAGUACAUUUUGAAAGCGGCCCCCACAAGAAAACAUUGGCUUAAAGACGAGGCUGUAACCCAAUGUGGAAUAGCCAGUUGCCGCAAGAAGUUCAAUUUCUUCGAGCGCAGACACCACUGUCGCCGUUGCGGAGGAAUCUUUUGCAAAGAACACACACUGCAUUACUUGUACAUCAAUCACUUGGCCCAAUUCACUACAGGUGGCCGCGGAACGCUUUCUAGAGUUUGUGACAAUUGCAUUGAGGAAUAUAAUGAGUUCAUGAAGCAGGAGUUUGGUGUAUCCUGCCACAAACCUAGAAGCACGUCAGAUAUCAACACUUCAAAAGCUACCGAGGAAUCUGAGAAUACACUCCCAUCAGGCAUUCUGGAGAGAAUCAUGAGCCCCCGAAAAGAUCAUCUCAAGUAUAAGAACCCUCAAGUGCGGCCCAGAAACCAGCUUCCCACACCGAGCCACCUUGCUAAAGCCAAUCCUCGUGAGGAACAAUCUACCGAGCAGCUUGUGGGCAGUGUUCCCGCAAACUGGAGCUGGUCAUCCUUUUAA